AUGGUUGGUGAAUCAAGAUCAGAACUUCUACAAUGGCUCAAUGCUACCCUCGACUUGGACUAUACCAAAGUCGAACAAUGUGGUAGUGGAGCUGCCUACUGUCAAUUGCUCGACUCAAUUUACGGUGACAUUCCCAUGUCUCGUGUAAACUUCACCACCAAAUUAGAAUACGAGUAUCUAAACAACAUGAAAGUCCUUCAAAGUGGCUUCAGUAAACACAAAAUCACCAAGAACAUCGAUGUCAAUAGGUUGGCCAAGUGCAGAUUACAGGAUAAUUUGGAACUUUUACAAUGGUUCAAGAAGUAUUGGAUGGAAAAUAAGGAUUUGAACCAACCUUAUGAUGCUAUAGGUAGAAGGAUGAAGAAAAAAGGUAGAUCAGUGUCUGCCGGUACUGGUGGUACUAGUUAUGAUGCUGGUAGUACGGCUAGUUCAGGUGUGAAACCAACUCCGGUCAAAAAACCUAUCAGUGUUAGUGUUGGUGGAAAACCACGCUUAAGUAAUGAUCCAUGUAAGAAGUGUUCUGACUACGAGGCCCAAAUCCUGGACCUUACCAGUAGUUUACAAGCAGUUACACAAAGUAAUGAUGAAGUUUCGGCGGAGAGACAAUUCUAUUUCACCAAAUUAAGGGAGAUAGAGUUAUUGGUGACCAAUGCCCUUCCCAGAUUAGAGCUGGGGGAAACCAUAGAUGUAACUGAAGUAUUGAAGGAGAUCCAGUCGAUAUUGUAUCAACCUGAAGAAGGAUUUAGCGUUGAUGAAGAGAUGGAACAAAGUGAUGAAUUUUAG